AGCAAACAUGGGCAAGUUAAUCUGGACAGGGGGGUUAUUAAUUUAUUUAUUGAACACUUUUCACUUGAUGUUUGAUCUCUUCAACCCCAGCUAAUAUGCCUAUAUAGUAUGGCUGGUAAUUUGCAAUAUACUGUAACAUUGAGCCAUGAUUUGUCUUCGUUGGAAUGUAAGAUGAGAGGUGCUCUAUUUACUCUUGGCAGGUAUUAUCACGAUUAGGGCACAUGUCAUAUGAUAUUUUAGGGUCACAGAUCUUACAAACUGGAAUCCCAGCAUCAAAAGCUAACCUCAUUGGAACUACGGAGGUUUCUUUUGCAAGCUUGGCAGAAUCUAUAAUGUUUGGGGUUGCUAUACUUGCAAACGAUGUCUCAAAUUUUGGGUUUUUAGCAAUGCUCUCUGUCCUUUCAGUAGUUAUUGCCGCAUUGCUAUAUUGCAGAUGGUUGGCAAAUCCCACAGACACACAAAGGAGUCUUUUCUCGUUUGACCCACACUUCUUGCAUUAAUGUUCAGGCAUGCUAUACCUCACAUGUCAACCUACCAUCUGAGCGUGCAAUGCUGAAUACCUAAGUGUGCCACAACUAUUUGCUAUGAGCCCGUUUUGAUAAUCUCCUCUCUCUCUCCCUCCCCCCGCCGGAGAAAGAACUUGAAAUGGCCGCGCCGGAGAAAGAACUUGACACCACUGGUGACAAUAAUAUAUGAAUUUGUAUACACACAAACGAUAAUUGUCUGUGAACUUAGUUAUAGACGACUAUCAUUUAUGUGUACAAAUUCACACACAUUGUCAGAGGCGGAUCCAACUUGCUCCUAGUGGAUUUUUUUAAAAAAAAAUACUCCGCAAUUAGUAGUUUUAUUACUCAUUUGUUAACAAAAAACUCAAUAUUUU